AUGUACCAUGUAUACAUGGACAAUUACUUUUCUAGCAUAUCACUUUUUAAAUAUUUAUAUAAAAAUGACAUUGGUGUCUGUAGCACUGUUUGUACAAAUUUAAUUAGUUUUUCGAAAGAAUUAAAAGCAAGCAAAGAAAUGUCUUUAGAUUGGAAUAUGCUUUUAGAAAAGAUUGACAAUAGACCAGUAACCAUGUUAACUACUAUUCACGAAAUUUCAGAUGAUGAUUGGAAAGUUACUUGUAAUCAAAGAAGACCACAUGAAACUAGCAUGAAUGCAAACAUAGUUCAUCAAAUUUUUGAAGAUUCAAGUCAAAAAGAACUAGCCAUACUAUGA